UGAAAGACGGCUCUGCCGUCACCGCUGCAGCGUCCGAGUUUGACACUCUCGAGGUUUCUCUGAUCUGCAGGCCUCUUCCUCUCUAUAUUUAACUCCCCCAACCCAAGGCACCUGCCCGUUCCAUUCCAACCUCCCAUGCACGAGCAGGUUCUGCUACCCUCUUGUUUCCGAGCUGCUACUUGCCCACCAGUUGCCCUUCCAAGAGUCCAGGAGAGGAGAUGUCGAGCCGGCGGUCGCGUUCGAGGGCGUCGUCCGGUGGUCCGUCGCGCAUCAGCGACGAGCAGAUCAGCGACCUCGUGACCAAGCUGCAGGCGCUCCUCCCCGACGCCCGACUGCGGACCAACGACAGCAGGGUGCCGUCGGCGAGGGUGCUGCAGGAGACAUGCAGCUAUAUCCGGAGCCUGCACCGGGAGGUCGACGACCUCAGCGACCUCCUCUCUGAGCUCCUCACCACCGCAGACGUCAGCACCGCACAGGCCGCCGUCAUCCGCAGCCUCCUCAUGUAGCUACUUCCUGCGUGUCGUCCUUGAGGACAGACGACCGGCAGGCAUCUCAGAACUGAAUUUAUUUGUAGCUUAGAGAGAGAGGGCGAGAGAGAGUUCAUUUGUUUUGGUGAAAGAUCAUCGCUACAUUUUUCGUAGAGUUCGUCAGUUCAAUAAUUCAUACAUAUACUACUACAUCUGUACCUCAUUGUAGCUUUCUUCUAUGUACCUUGGAC